GCCGGAAUGGCCAGAACGCUUUGUCAUGACUAAGCGCUCAUGUCAUGCGUCCAUGUCGGUCGUCGAUUCGGACGUCCUUAUCGUCAUCGUCCAGUACUUGGCGUCGCCCGAUGACGUCGUCUCGCUGCUACAGGCGGUGCCACGUACCAAACUCGUCGCGCCAUUGGUCGCGCUACAGACGCUCUUGACGACAUCCUCAGCCUGGGAGUCCAAGAACUGGCCGCAACUCUGUAUCGAAAUGAAGGACGACCGCUACAGGCCGCUUAUAUGCGCCGCAGCACCAGCCUUUCCCUCCAUUCGCAUCGGGGAUCUCCACAUGCUGGGCAGCAUGCUACCCGGCCCCAGCAACAGUCUAGACACUCAGCACGCAGCAAUCAUCGCGUUCGCCGCCGAGUGGGGCCACAAGAUCGAGUCCAUCGACGUGACAGAAUGGCUCGACGGUGGUUGCAUUGACGUGCUAACGCACGUCCUCCAUCUCUGCACGGGUCUCGCCUCGCUCACCAUCAACGUCGACACCGAGGAAAUCAACCCAAGCCAUUUCGCGGCUGUGGUCCACGCGGCGUCGCACGCUCGGCGCAUCGACGUCUGGACCAUGGAUGGAAGCCUGUCUCGUUGCGGCGACUGGCGGCCGAUCUUUGGGUCGUGGCUGGCGUCGGGUCAUGCGACGCACCUCGGACUUACUGACGCGUUUGCCGCCGAUGACGAUGAUGAUGACGACGACGACGACGACCUCGAGGAUUUCCAGGUCAAGAGAUUCAACGACCCAAAUGGAUUUGCGCGGGCAAUGACCGCUGCCACGUCGCUCACGAGCCUCAGGCUUGUGCGUUGUGACGUGCUUCUUCAAAGCCUCCUGGACACGGAUGCGUCAAUGCGCCACAUCACGGCGCUGCAUCUCGACACAAGUCGACGCGACGUGGUGGAGUGGCUUCUAUCGACAAAGAUCAACCUCUCGGGCCUCCGCGAGCUCGGCAUCGGAAGCGACGCCCAAGACGACUACUCGUUUGUGCUGGCGCUGCUACCACGCCUCGUGUCGCUCGAGAAGCUGUCGCUCGAGGGCUGUGCGCUGCGCAGUGUGCCCAAUGCUUUGCCCGAGUCGCCGCGUCAUUUGAAAGCAUUGGCACUCUCAUUGUGUGUCGCGAUGGAUGACAGUACUGUUUUUCGUCUUCUCGAUUGGGCUUCGCAGUCGCCGUGCCUCCAGUCCAUCACGCUCGAACGCUGCACUGCGGUGGGCCGUGACGCCACCCGCGUCGAGCGGCUCGUGCGCCAAUGGAUCGGCGCCAACGUCCGUGACGUCACGUUCGACUUGUGCGAAUUCAACGCUGCGACGGUCAAUGCGUUGGCCGCGGCACUCUACGGCACACGUCGGGCGCUUCCGUUUGAUCUUCGCCUCAAUUGUGACAAGCUACGUCUCACGUCGUUCGAAGUGCUGUUGGAGACACUCGCCACGUGCACGGGCGUCACGUUCUACGGACACGUGUCGAUUUACAUCAAGCAGCACAUUCGCAACCACCUUCGGUCGUUGGCAACGAUACUCGGUUUGCAUUACGUGGACAACGGCAUAUCUCAUUUUCGCCUCCGCAGUCGCGUCUAGUCUUCCAUCCCCGCGACUUGUACAAUUGCAUCUGGUAACUUCGUGGAUAUUACAUCGAACCUUUCAUCACGU